UGUGUACAUUGAUAGCGUGUUUUUGUUGAUGUGCUUUGAUAAAAGAUUCUAAAGUAUAAAAUAAUUCUGCCAUAUUCUGUACAACAGAAAAUAUAAACAAGAAUAAUUUUUAUCUUUAUGACGUUGCUUAGAUGCAAUAAGAUAUGAAUCGUAUCAAACCGAACGCUCUUGUAGUACCUGGCCAGUGUUUGUGUCAUGCCAAUGAAAAUAUAACUGCUGGUGAUGGAACUUACUCACAAGGUGACUUCAUUUAUUCCAGUUUGACUGGAUUUGUUGAUUUUAAAGAAGAUAAUAAAGAAACAGUAGUUGAAGUUAGCAAGGGUUUUGGAAGAAGCGUUGUACCCACUGUAGGAAGCAUAGUAACAGCUAAAGUUACAAAUAUUCGUCGACGAUUCGCGAAAUGUGCAAUUUUUUGCGUUGAAGAUACUGUAUUGCAAGAACCAUUUAGGGGAAUUAUUCGUAAAGAAGAUGUAAGGUUAAAAGAUCGCGAUAAAGUGGAACUCUACAAAUGCUUUAGGCCAGGGGAUAUUAUUCUUGCAAGAGUAGCAUCCUUGGGAACUAUGCAUUCUUAUAACUUAAGUACUGCAGAGGACGAACUUGGAGUUGUAUCAGCAACUAGUGAAGCUGGUUGUGAAAUGGUUAUAACCAGUUGGUCUGAAAUGAUGUGCACUAAAACAUUUGCUAAAGAACCCCGUAAAGUGGCAAAAGUGGUUCCACAGAAUUUUACAGCAAAAAAUUUUUCUAAACUGCAGCAAGAAUUUAAUACUUAAUACUAAAGUAUUUGUUAAUUUUGGUUUUAAACUAUAUUAAAUGUAAUAUUUUUUUCUUUCAUAUCAGAAUUUUGCAUAAUAAAGAUAAUAUUGUUUGUUAAAAAACAAAUCAUAUUAUUUACAAUAUUUUGUAUUUAUUUAUUUUAUCUUUUAUUAUUUGUACAGUCAGUGUCCAAUGCACAAGAUUGCAACUUAAUCAUCCCAGCUUUCUCUCUCUUUCAUCUUUUAUCAUAGAGUUUAAUUUUUGAAUUUUCAUACGCACCUCAGCAAAAUCAGUUUAUGUGAUGUUUUAAUUAUUGCUGCAAAUAUAAGCAGAUAU